UAUUACCUACACCUGCUCUCAUAUUUCUAGACGCUUCGCCUCCGAUAUCGCUCAGUACGGCACUGAAUACAGAGGCGUUAAUGUUUUGAGUGAAAUUUAAUCGUUUGUGGUUUAAUAAAUGACAGAGAUUUAUUGAUAGAAGGGGAAGAAAAAGGAGUGUGAAGAGUUUUCUUGGUUUCCGAUUUAUUGGAAACUAAAACGAUGGGGAAACACGAAGUGGGAACCCCAAAAUACAUUGCUAAUAAAAUUAAGGCUAAGGGGUUGCAGAAGUUAAGAUGGUACUGUCAGAUGUGUCAAAAACAAUGCCGGGACGAGAAUGGAUUCAAGUGUCAUACAAUGUCCGAAUCUCACCAUAGACAGUUGCUAUUGUUCGCAGAUAAUGCACAUCGAUACAUGGAUCAGUUUUCUAGGGAAUUCUCUCAAGGUUAUUUAAAUUUGUUAAAGAGACAAUUCGGCACUAGAAGAGUACCAGCUAAUCGGGUGUAUCAGGAAUAUAUCUCUGACAGAGCGCACAUACACAUGAACGCCACAAUUUGGGUUACUCUGACGGCAUUUGUAAAGUGGCUCGGUCGUACCGGACAAUGUGUUGUCGAUGAAACAGAAAAAGGCUGGUAUGUAACGUAUAUCGAUAGAGACCCAGAGACUUUAGCAGCAGAGGAAAAGAAAGCUAAAAAACAAAAGAUGGACAAGGAUGACGAAGAGAGAAUGAUGGAAUUCAUUGAAAAACAAGUAGAGAAAGGCCAACAAGAAGGUAGUGGACAAACUGAAACUUUUAAGGAGCCAUUGACACGUUCUGAUACAGACGCGCCUCUAGUUAUCGAAAUGAAAUUAAACAUGAAACCAAAGUUACUUCUCAAUCCUAUAAAACAGGAGAAGGAUAAAAAUAAAGAUAGAGGUUCAACCAGUGGCAAGUCGACCUUCAAUAUUUCUAGUAUAAAACAGGAAGCGUUGAGCGACGAAGAGGCAGAAGCAGUUUUGCUUGAAAAGCUAAGGAAAUCUAAGACCAAAAUGGAUAACGAUGAAAGCAACAAGGAAGGCUGGUUAAGAGAAGGCUUAACAGUGAAGGUAGUUACAAAAAGUUUAGGGGAAAAGUACUAUAAGUCUAAAGGUAUAAUCGAGUUAGUAGAAAAUCAGAACUUUGUCGCAAAAGUGAGAUUAAAAUCUCCAGAGGACGUCGAAAAUCAUGUCAUAAAAAUAGAUCAAGAAUAUUUAGAGACAGUAAUACCUGCCAUUGGAAAAGAUGUUGUAAUUCUUUGGGGAAAAUAUAAGGGAAUGAAAGGAGUAGUAUACAAACUUCAUAUAGAGAAUUAUAGUAUCGAUGUAGAGCUUAAAAGAGAUCGUACGAUUCUAAGAAAGUUACCAUACGAACAAGUUUGUAAAUAUACGGCGUGACAGUGCCUGACAUAGUUUAUAAAUUGUAUACUACACCUUUUUCAACAAGAUAUAUUAUAAAUUUUGUAUAUUUCUCUGCUAUCCUUUUAAAUAUUGUAUCGUUUAAGAGUUUUUGUACAUAUAUGUUAUAAGAUAAGACCAAUAUAGAAAUACUUUUACAAAGAUUCAAUAAUGUUAUUUCUCUGUAUAUAACAUUAUUUUUUAAAUAAAUGAAUUUAAAUGUUAUAUGUA